UGUCAGUGAUAAUCUCUAUAUAAAUCCAAACUUGUUAUCUUCAUGAGUUAUAUACCAUCCAAGAUCAAAAAAAAAAAGCAGAAAAAUGGAUAACAACAACAAUGAUUCGAAAUCAUCACACACCGGACCACACUUCUUGUUCGUGACAUUUCCAGUACAAGGCCACAUCAACCCAUCUCUCGAGCUCGCCAAACGCCUCGCCGGAACCAUCACCGGAGCUCGAGUCACCUUCGCCGCCCCAAUCUCCGCCUACAACCGCCGCAUGUUCUCCAAAGAAAACGUUCCCGAAACCCUAAUCUUCUCCACUUACUCCGACGGCCACGACGACGGCUACAAAUCCUCAACUGCCUCCGACAAAUCUCGCAGAGACAGCGCAGGACAAUACAUGUCCGAUAUAAGACGACGCGGCAAAAAAACCCUAACCGAACUUAUCGAAGAUAACCGAAGUCAAAACCGGCCUUUUACUUGCGUGGUUUACACGCUCCUCCUCACUUGGGUCGCUGAGCUAGCGCGUGAGUUUCACAUCCCUUCUGCUCUUCUCUGGGUCCAACCCAUAACUGUCUUCUCCAUCUUCUACCAUUACUUCAACGGCUACGAAGAAGCGAUCUCAGAGAUGGCUAACAACAACCCUUCCGGUUACAUUAAAUUACCGUCUCUGCCACUGCUCCGUCUCCGUGAUCUUCCAACAUUCAUCGUCCCUACAAACGCCUACGCGUUUAUUCUAGCGGCGUUUAGAGCACAGAUGGAGUCAUUGAAGCAAGAGGAAAACCCUAAGAUCCUCGUCAACAGUUUCCAAGAGCUUGAACAAGAAGCUCUAGGCUCGGUUCUUGAUCAUGCCAAGAUCGUCCCCAUCGGUCCGUUGAUAACCUCGAGGACUGAUUCGGAGACUGGAGCUGAGUACAUUGAGUGGUUGGAUACAAAAGCUGAUUCGUCUGUGCUUUAUAUUUCGUUCGGGACACUUGCCGUGUUGAGCAAGAAACAGCUUUUGGAGAUCUGCGAGGCGUUGAUACAGAGUCGUAGGCCGUUCUUGUGGGUGAUUACGGAUAAAUCGUACAGAAGUAAAGAAGACGGUGAAGAGAAAGAAGAAGAGAUCAUAAGGAGUUUCAGAGAAGAGCUCGAUGAGAUAGGAAUGGUGGUUUCUUGGUGCGAUCAGUUUAGCGUUUUGAAACAUAGAUCGAUCGGUUGUUUCGUGACGCAUUGCGGUUGGAACUCGACGCUUGAGAGUUUGGUCGCGGGAGUUCCGGUGGUUGCGUUUCCUCAGUGGACUGAUCAGAUGACGAACGCGAAGCUCCUUGAAGAGUGUUGGAAGACAGGUGUGAGGGUGGUGGAGAAGAAAGAAGAGGAAGAAGUGGUUGUGGUGGAGAGUGAAGAGAUACGGCGGUGCAUUGAGGAAGUUAUGGAGGAGAAGGCGGAGGAGUUUAGAAGAAACGCGGCGAGGUGGAGAGAUUUAGCGGCGGAGACGGCGAGAGAAGGAGGAUCUUCGUUUAACCAUCUCAAAGCUUUUGUUGAUGAGCACAUGUGAGAUUCGGUCUCGGAGAAUUCAAUCAAUUCCUUAUUUAAAACUAUAUUAGUUUAAUUUUCAAAGUUACUCAAGUCAAUCAUUUGUAUCACAUUUGAAAUUUAAACAAUCAUUUGGAUGAUGAGAUGUAAUUUAUUGAAGAUGUGAGAGAUUGAUAGAUACACGAAGAGCACAUAAAUGAUAGUAUGAUACAA